CCCGCCAUCCAGUAGUUCGAUAUCGCAUCCAAGGCUGUAUCAUCUUCACUGCGAGUCUGAUCUUCAUCGCUGUAUUGUUAUUAAGACGUCUUGAAAAUGACAGGAAGAACUUGUAACUUCACAACAAUCGCUUCUGUUUCGGCGGCCGGUCUGGUUUUGAUCUUGAGUUUGAAUGCCCAUCUGAUAGAAACCGCUUCACAUGGCAAGAAUAAGACAUCAUGGAAUGUGAACGCCGAGUUGAAUGAGGGCUUUGGAGCUCGCCCCAGAAGAAUGUUUGUGAACAACCGCUACUUCAGCAGCGACGAAGUGACACGGGAAAAAGAUAAGACGAAGAAUAUUGAUAGCGAGAUAACUUCACUAGACGAGCUGCAACACCUUCAGGAAUCUUGGGGAAAUUCAGACAAUAAGCCUCUGAGAGCAUCGGAUAAAUUUCUAGAGCUAGCCCAGGUUGGAAGCGAUAGCAAUUCAAGCGGAUAUAAUCAACCAACUAUAACUAUGGAAGACCAUUGGGCUCGACUUAAAACAAUUCUCACAAACAUGCGAGGGAUCGUCGAGAGGGAGUUCCCAUCUUCAGGAACGGAUGAAAUGUUUGCUUUUUCAGUCAUUGAUAAAAUAAUUUCGUUUGGAGACAAUGUCGAGGUAUUCAAGCGCUUAGGUGGCGCUUUCGAUUCGAAUCUCAUGUCAUUUUUAGGGAAGAGAUGGGCAGAAGUAGUGAAAAAUGUCGUGAGCGGCAGCCCAAUUUUGAACACGUUAUUUUCGAUUGAUAGCAACGACAUCACAAAUACUAUAAUGACUCCAAUUUUGUCAGGUAUAGGGUCACUUUUCAAGAACAAGGCUCUGAAGCAUCUCAGCGACUUGAGUUUUGUGUCGAAUUUGAUGAAAUCCUCUGGUUUUAAAGACAAUGAAAUCAAAGAAGUUUUCACUCUCCUCGGACUAUCAUCUGACGAUAAUAAUGUAGAUGAUUUGACUAAUGGAGUGGAAGGACGACAGUACGGCAACAUCAUUGAGAAGUCUGGUGGAUACGGACAUUCAGGUGGAUAUGGACACGGAGGUGGAGGAUACAUGUCGCAUGGCGGAGGAAGUUACAUGAUGCAAACCAUAGACCCUUUCGUCCUACUUGCUGGUCUGGCGUUCGCUUCUUUCCUUGCUUUCUUGCUCUUCCGACUGCUUUCUCAAACUACGGGCCGGAGAAGAAGCAUCCCGGACAUUAACAUCAACUUAGAUUUGUCUGACACUCCUGAAGUAAUGACAAACUUCUACAAUUUCCUUGAUGCAGCGCAGACAAAAAUCGGACAAAACGGAACUUACGACCCCAUUGCCAAGUUUGGGACGUCUGCCAACACUCUGUGGAACACAUUUCAAGUGGACCGCCUCGAGCGCUCCUGCUUGCGACGCUUCCUGUGCGAGACCGUAGAGAGCCCCGCGACUCCUGACAGCUCAGCUGUUCAAACAACGCUCCAGGAAAUAGCUUUGUCUGCCCUGGCGACACUGUUGGGUGAGGAAAGGAGCGCCCAGAUGGUGGACGAUGUGAACCAUCACCUGAUGGAGGGAGACCCUGAGACAUGCAGUGGCCUGGCACCGCAGUGCGACGAUGCUCUCUACGCUACAGCGCACACCCCCAGGCUACUGACUUACUGAGUUACUCUACUUACGCUACAGUGCACACCCCCAGUAUAUUGACUUACUGAGUUAUUCUACUCCAUAACUGGACAUAUGACUAGAUUAACUCCGAAAUUUUGCGGAUCAGUUAAAUCCACAGAUCUUUUUUAAAUAGUUUCAACUGAUUCACU